AUGGACAUACACUCUAUACUGCGAGGGGGACUCCCCACCGUGGUUGAGAAUGCAAGCACGGUAGCAAAGAACGCAUCAAGCCCAGGGCAGAUGCAUGGAAAUCUGGCCGAGACCUUGCUGCCGCUGUUGGGCCUUCGUGCCUUGCUGCCAGUAUACAGCUUCGUCGGCAACUCGUUGGGCCUCGACGUCACCUGGAUACUGACCCUCUUUGGUAUGAUAUGGGCAGUCAACAAGCUCUUCCGCCAGGCAUACUCGACCAUUUACGCCUUUGUGGCUGAGAAUCUCAUGAGCAACAUCCACAUCAGCAGCACUGACGACAUAUACAUUCAUCUCAUGAGAUGGCUUGCCCUGCAGCCCCGCCUAGUUCACUCGAGAUCGCUCACGGCCGAGACCGUCAGCAAGACUGCUUGGGAAGACGAGGAUGCCACCAACGUGUCGAGAGACAAGACUGGUAAUUACCUAAACUUUUCAAACCAGGAGGCCAGAGCUCCGCCUCGCUUUAUCCCUGCAAUCGGAGUCCACAGCUUUAGAUGGAAUGGUACGCGUUACGGACUUCACAGGAAGCAAGAAUCCAUCUUUGACGAUGGCCCUAGCACUGGCCUAUCGUUCAAGGACAGAGAGGACCUAAUCAUCUCGUGCUUUGGCCGCAAUCCUGAACCCAUAAAAAGGCUGCUGAGGCACGUAAAGGAAGCCUACUAUGACAGCCACCACGCGAGGACCAUUGUAAAGAGACCCAGUCCGCAGAACCUGCGCCGCUUCGGCACGCGUCAUUGCUGGCAGCAGGUCGCCGACCGGCCCAUUCGUGACAUGAAGACGGUUGUACUGGACAACCAGCAAAAGGCCAAUGUCCUGGGCGACAUUAAUGAGUACCUGCACCCGGCUACACCGCGCUGGUAUGCCAACCGCGGUAUCCCUCUGCGCCGAGGAUAUCUCUUUUACGGCCCGCCUGGAACAGGAAAAACCUCGCUCUCUUUUGCUCUGGCUGGUGUUUUUGGCCUCGAUAUCUAUGUCAUUUCGCUCUUGGAACCAUCCCUAACGGAAGAAGACCUAAGUGCUCUCUUUAGCAGUCUGCCCCGGCGAUGCAUUGUCCUGCUGGAAGACAUUGACACGGCCGGUCUGAAACGGCCGGAUGACGAGGUCAGCAAGAGCCAGGUCGACAAAAAGGAUGACAAUGACAAGAAGGGCAGCGGAGCCACCGACGAUGGUAAGAAGGAAACGCCAAGCGACUGGAAAGUGAGCGACCUGGCCAAGGCGCUCAAAAAAGAAGGCAAUGACGAGAAAAAGGGCAUCUCCCUCUCGGGUCUGCUCAACGCCAUUGAUGGCGUCGCCUCGCACGAGGGCCGCGUCCUAAUCAUGACCACCAAUGUCCCCGAGUCCCUCGACGAGGCCCUUAUUCGGCCAGGUCGUGUCGAUUUACAGGUCGGUUUCACCAAUGCCACGCACGCGCAAGUCGAGGAGCUCUUUAUCCGCAUGUACGAGGCCGAUCAAGGCCGGCGCCAGCAACAGCAGCAAGGCCCAGCACCAGCAGCAGCCAACGGACACGUCAAGGGUGAUGAAAAGGGAGCAUCAGCAGCCAAUGGAGAAGUGGUGGCGCCCGAGACGGACAGCGCGCUCAAGGCUGGCGAGCUCGACAUCUCGGUCGAGGAGCUUCCAGCCGUGGCCCGGCGGUUCGCCGACAAGAUCCCCGACGGUCGCUUCUCCCCGGCCGAGAUUCAGGGCUAUCUGCUCAAGCGCAAGAAGCACCCGCUCAAGGCCGUCGACGAGGCCGACAAGUGGGUCGAGGCGAUGCUGCAACAAAAGGCGUCCAAGUCAAAGGUGUUGCAGGUUCAGUAA